AAAUAUUAUUUUCAUAAUCAAUUAAUCCACUGAUUAUCUUGUAGAUUUAUUAUGUUCUCUGUAGAAUGUCAGAGCUCACCUUUAGGACAUCUUCUGUCUCAGAUUUUGGAGGCAAGAAAAAAGAUCAAGAGUGGAGCCCCGGUCGGUGAGAUCGACCCGGCUGCGACUGCACGAUAUGCAACCUUUGGGUUUCUUAUCACAGGACCAGUGAGCCAUAUCUUCUACCAGCUGAUGGAGGUGUGGAUGCCCACAACAGACCCACUCUGCAUAGUCAAACGUCUGCUACUGGAUCGGCUUAUUUUUGCCCCUGGCUUUCUGCUGAUUUUCUACUUUGUUAUGAACAUCCUGGAGGCAAAAGGAUGGAGAGACUUUGAAAGCAAGAUGAGAGGAAGUUACUGGACUGCCUUGAAAAUGAACUGGAAAGUGUGGACUCCCUUUCAGUUCGUCAAUAUCAACUUUGUGCCCUUUCAGUUCCGAGUGCUGUUUGUCAACAUGGUCGCCUUAUUUUGGUACGCCUACCUUGCAUCUGUGAGGAAAUAA